CAAAUACUCCAUUAAGUGAAUAAGAAAAAGGGACGCGUCGAAAAGCGGUUACGCCAUCGGUGACGUCAUAUUUAUCAGAGAGUCAUUUUCAGCGAGUGAGGAGAAAUGCCGACCAAAACGUCGACCAUAAGCAAACCCCCAAAUUCCAGAAUCGCAUCUUUGACGACGUCGUUUAAUCCACCGCCGUUCAUUUCGCCAUUGUAGCCUCCAGCAGUAUUCCUCCGCCUCCACUCGCUCAUUUUAUCUCUCUAUUAUCCAGUUUGCAAGAAAGCUGCUUCCAAUGGGAUGGGGAAGCAUAUACAAGAGGCGCAUGAAAGUGUUCGCAUUAGCUGUUGUAAUCUACCUGGAUUAUAAGUCCCUGCAACUGAGAGAGAAAUGGACAAAGAAUUCAAAGAAGGCUGAUCUUUGGGAGAAAGCACACGAGUGUAACGCUAAGCGCCUUCUCAAUUUGAUAGUAGAGCUUGAAGGGUUAUGGGUGAAGCUAGGACAGUACCUAUCUACGCGCGCCGAUGUGCUUCCACCAGCCUAUAUACGGCUUCUAAAGCAGCUACAGGACUCUCUUCCCCCUCGCCCCUUAAAAGAGGUUCGUCAGACUAUCAAUAAAGAAUUGGGGAAAUCUAUGGACAAUCUCUUCUUGAGCUUUGAUAAUGCACCACUGGCUACAGCAUCGAUAGCUCAAGUUCAUCGGGCUACUCUGAGUGAUGGGCAGGAAGUUGUUGUUAAAGUUCAACACGAGGGCAUAAAGGAAAUCAUAUUGGAGGAUUUGAAGAAUGCUAAGUCGAUAGUUGACUGGAUUGCUUGGGCAGAACCACAGUAUAACUUCAAUCCUAUGAUAGAUGAGUGGUGCAAAGAAGCACCCAAGGAACUUGACUUCAACAUUGAGGCUGAAAAUACUCGGAUAGUUUCCAGGAACCUGGGUUGCAAAAGUAAUUCUGAAGUUAACAACAUAAAUCGUGUGGAAGUCUUAAUUCCAGAAGUUAUUCUGUCAACCGAAAGAGUCCUCGUUCUAGAAUAUAUGGAUGGGGUACGACUAAAUGACUCCGAGUCUCUGCAAGCAAUGGGUGUGGACAAGCAAAAACUCGUUGAAGAAAUUACGCGAGCAUAUGCACACCAAAUCUAUGUUGAUGGAUUCUUCAAUGGUGACCCUCACCCUGGAAAUUUUCUUGUGAGCAAGGCUCCUCCACAUCAUCCAAUUUUGCUGGAUUUUGGGCUGACAAAGGGGCUAUCACCUUCACUGAAACAAGCUUUAGCAAAAAUGUUUCUAGCAUCUGCCGAGGGUGACCAUGUCGCACUUCUAUCUUCCUUUGCAGAAAUGGGACUUAAGCUGCGCUUGGAUCUUCCCGAGCAAGUGAUGGAAAUAUCAAAUGUAUUCUUUCGUAAUUCAACCCCAGCAAAUGAAGCUCAACAAAAUAUGAAAGCUUUUGCUGAGCAAAGGAACAAAAACCUGAAGGUCCUUCAAGAGAAGAUGAAUCUCAAUAAAAAAGAAGUAAAACGUUUUAAUCCUGUUGAUGCUUUUCCAGGUGAUAUUAUUAUUUUCAGCAGGGUCAUUAAUCUUCUCAGAGGCCUUUCAUCGUCAAUGGAUGUACGCGUAGUUUAUGUGGAUAUCAUGAGACCAUUUGCCGAAUCUGUUUUACAAUGCAAUGUGAACAGAGGGCCAGCAUUUAAUACCAACUGGAUCCAUGACACUCCUGCUCUUUCCAAUACUGAAGACAAACUGCGGAAACUCUUAAUCGAGCUUGGAAAUGCGGAUAAAGUACUGGGAAUCCAGGUGUGUGCAUAUAAAGAUGGGGAAGUAAUUAUUGACACUGCUGCUGGAGUACUUGGGAGAUAUGAUCCUAGACCAGUUCAGCCUGAUAGUUUAUUCCCUGUUUUUUCUGUAUCUAAAGGAAUUACAGCAGGGAUGCUUCAUUGGCUGGUCGAUCAAGGGAAGCUGAAGCUUGACGACAAAGUCGGAAAUAUUUGGCCAGAAUUUGGAACCAAUGGAAAAGACCAAAUAAAGGUCCAUCACGUGCUUAAUCACACAUCUGGUUUGCACAAUGCCAUGGCUGAUCUUACACGUGAAAAUCCUCUAGUUAUGGCCGAUUGGGACGAAUGCUUGAAUUGCAUUGCAAAUACGACGCCAGAGACUGAACCUGGCCAUAUACAGCAGUACCAUUAUUUAUCUUUUGGCUGGUUAUGUGGCGGCAUUAUCGAGCAUGCAUCUACGAAGAAAUUUCAGGAGAUUCUCGAAGAAGCAUUUGUUCGCCCUCUUAAUAUAGAUGGCGAGCUAUACAUUGGGAUUCCUCCAGGUGUGGAAUCUCGACUCGCUACACUCACAUCCGACAUGGAUGAAAUCAAGAAACUCUCAGAGAUGGCCAACCGCCCGGAACUACCGUCGAGCUUCCAAGUGCAAGACGUCUCCCAAAUGGCGUCCACUCUCCCUGCCUUAUUUAACACACUCUUUGCCCGCCGUGCAAUCAUACCCGCCGCCAAUGCCCAUUGCUCCGCCCGCGCUCUUGCCCGCUACUAUGCCGCCCUCGUUGAUCGAGGCACUGUUCCACCGCCGCACGCACACUCUUCUCCCACGCACCCCCGUUUGGGAAGCCACCCCCACACCCCCAAAUUCCCGUCUCUAAAACCCUCAAAGAAACAGAAAAAAUCCGACCGUUUGAGCGAAAUUGUGAUUGCCAAGGACUACACUAGAGUUCCCAGUGAUGACGGAUUGGGCAAUGUAAGCACGGAUAAGAUUUUUGGUAACGCCAGAAUUCAUGAUGCGUUUAUGGGAGUUGGAGAGUACGAGGAUUUGGUGCUUUCCGGCGGGCAGUUUGGUCUAGGGUUUAAGAGAUCCUAUUCUGAGGGUGGUGAGUUGAUCGGGUUCGGGCAUUCGGGUAUGGGCGGGUCGACCGGGUACUGUGAUGUGAAGAAUAGAUUUGCUAUUGCUGUGACUUUGAAUAAAAUGAACUUUGGAGGCGUGACUGCAAAGGUGAUGAAGUUGGUUUGCUCGGAGCUUGAUAUUCCGUUACCGGCCGAUUUUUAUAGAUUUACGGAGAGGAUAAGUGAUGAUAUCGACUCGAAUUUAGCUGCUCCUUUGAUAAAUUAAAUACAUGUGUAUUUCUUGUAUGUCUUGACAAUAAUUUUGCCUCGAGUUCAACUGUUGGAUUCUAUCACAGUAGCUGGACACAUUUUUAUAUAUAAAUUAUAUAUAUACAUACAUAAAUUAUAUAUCUAUAUAUAUGUUUUUGUAAUAUUUGUUCGUUGUAUAGACACAAUCCUUGCAGUAAAAUAAAUUAAUAAAUUAUUAUUGUAAAUU